GUGCUGGCACCAGCGGGCUCAACGGAGAGGGCCAGGCGCACCAGAGAGCACCGGACGGCCAAGAUGACACCCAGUCGGAAUACAGCACCGAGUGGGACACCAGCGACAGCGAGACAGAGGUGUCCCCUACCCCCGACACGGCAGGCGACGGAUGUGCUUGUUGGGCUGACCCCAUGACAGAGCCAGUCAGGGAGCUGCCAGUAAGACCUGACCUCAACGCUAGCGACAAUCCCUCCCCCGAGAGUGGAGUAGGAGGGGGGAAAGUAGAGGGGGGGCUGGACAGGAGUGGCGAGAGCAAAGCUGUUCCACUCGGCACUCCGAAACCAGACACUCGGACGAGGCAGGAGGGAACGGUGCAUAGCUCGCAAUCCCAAGCGCAUGUUGAGUUUGCCACCAAGACGAGCCCAGGUCAAACGGAGAGAGCCAAAACGAGAGCUCGAGCGGACAGGUCGACAGCUUCUGAUCAGGGACGGUCAGGAGUGGUGGCGCCGUUGGCGAGUGAACUGAUUGACUCAGAGGGCAUGGCUCACAGGAUUGCUACGCAGAGUGAAGAUGCCAUGGACUCUCCUAGGCAGACUCAUCUAGCCAAUUCUGCAGAGGAGGACUUUGUUGUGCUUGAAACAAACACCCCCUCAUGUCAGUCUGACAGGCAGAAUAGGAGCACGGGCAAGAACCACCGAGAAAUCCCCACUCAUCUCUCAGAGAUCACAGGAUCAAACCUCCCAGGAGAAAAAGAGGAUAAAAAGAUGGGAGUUGGGAGUGCGGCUGAUGUUCCUCAAACAAGAGUGGAUCUUAAGGAUCGACAGGGCGCCACAGGAAGAAAGAUUGAUGCCGCCCAGCACUGUGCCCUCUCUUCCAGCGCAAUUCAGGGGCCAGCAGAGAACAGGCAGGCAAACACCUCUGCAGGGACGAGUCACAGGGUAAGGACUGAUAAUAGAUCCCUGUCAUCCCCACCUCCCGUGGACAAGACAGACCAAAUUGGUACUUUACUGCCACAUGGUCUGCCACCAUCGCAGGGCAAAGCGACUGCCUGUCUGCCCGUCCGCGACCAUAAGCAUCCCCCCUCUGCGCCUCCGCGCCGAGACGGUUCGCUGGAUGUUUCAGGUGCCACUGAGUACAAAAACGCUGACAAUCCCUUGGGGGUUAAACAGGAUAGCGUACCUAGAAACAUCCAAGCUCUUUCCACUGCGUCGGAUCCAGACAGGGAUUUAAAGCUGGGCACUGACACGACUAAGGCUCGUCAGACUGAAAGAGGCUCAGGGGCUCGUGGCAGCCUUAGGUCUGACCAGGGGGAUGAGAUGGUCAAGACUCUGCCAGGAAUGGAACACAGAGACAUGCAUUCUAACUCAAGCCAGGGCAAAGGUGAAAUAACACCGCUGCCUCAUCAAACUGACCAAUCAAAGGACAAGGAUGCCUUAGGAGUCCGUGGUCAGAUGCCAAAUGCAGGCUCUUCAUCAGGCAACGCGGUCUGCGCCACCGCUGAGGCAGGUGGCCAUCCCGGCUCUGAUAAUAGCCACAACACGCUGCCUCAGAAAAAUGUUAAUUGGCCCAGUCAGAAGAUUGAAGAGAACUUGGAGUCAGAGGCCUCCAGCACAUUCCAGUCAGAUAGACAAGCAGUGUGCAUGGAAAGCAACAAGCCUGCCAAAAUGGCAGCAGUAGCAGCAGCAGCAGCCACUGACACGGAGGAGUGUAAAAAAGAUCAGUCCUCACUUGUAGCUGAUGAACAACCCAAAGAUGUAACCCAAGAGCUUGCCACUGACGUGGCUGCUGCUGCUGACAUUCAAAGGGCAGAAGAAGAGGUGUCCGGCACUCUGUCUAUGGAUGCAACGAAGGGUCGAAAGCCAAAACACGGGAUCGCCUCCGUCAUUCCAAAACCGAAGGUUCAGCAGGCACCCAAGGGAGCUCCCAUGGAGUCAAGCCACGCAGCAGGGUCCAGUUGCUCCACCAAUAGCAGACACACAGACUCUCAUCCAUCAGCCAAUCACAGCACCACAACAGUACGAGCAGACACCAAUGCCUCCUCUCGUCCAAAUAAGCAGCACUGGUCAGAGGAUAGCGACAUUGUCAUCUCACAAUGCAUCCCGUUUGAAUGCGAAGACUACGAGAGAUUGCAGCUCACAGCCACAAAUAAGAGACAGCGAGGACCUCUCUGUUUAACUGCUGUGGUCACAGCCCCCCCACAAAUACUCUCACUGGCUCAAGUGAACAUGACACAGGCUCAGCACGAACCCCACACCACCACCCAACCCGAGGAAGAAACAUCUACAGAGAAAAGAGCCAAAGCCAAGGGGCCUCCUCCACCCGUUCCGAAGAAGCCCAAGAACCCUUUCAUCAAGGCUGCCGCUGCCCGUGCCACUGUCUCCCCCAAGGCCCCUGAGGAGAAGAGCCGAUACAUCGACCACCUCCUCCACGACAUCAAGCAGGCACGCCGUGACUCCUUCGAGACGUUUCCGGACGACAGCUGUACCAGUCCGACAGAUCCCAUGCGCAGUCUGUUAAUGGACGAUACACAUGCACAGUUUGUACCACCUUACAUGCACAUGACGGAGGAGUACGACCCAGGAUACGAUGAAAUUCUGGCACCUUCAGACAAUGACAGAAUCUACUACGUCAGACCAGAUUUUGAGAUGAUGGCAAAAAUGGUAGGCGUCUGUGCCGAAGCGGGGUCACGUCAUUUAGACAUGUACCCCAUGGAGUAUAUGUAUGAGCAAGGAGCAAAGGGCCCGCCGCCACCCGUGCCAAAGAAACCAAAGAAUCCAUAUGCCCAGACAGACAAACCAAGCUCAUCACCACCAACCUCCAAUUUUGAGAUUGAAGGUGUAGAGGUAACCGAUUACCCUGUAGAAGAUGAAGAGAUCCCCCCUGAAAUGCAUAUGUACAGUGAAAUGUACGGGAUAAAGUCAGAAUCCAGAGGAAGGGAGAGGGAGUAUGAGAAGAGGCAUAGAGCCAGAGAGAGGGUCAAGCCAGAGUUUGACAUGGAGAGUGACCCAAGGAAGACGAGGCACAGGAGGCAUGAGAGGGAAGAAACUGACCUCAACAUGAUGCAGGAUGAAUUACGUGAAAUGAGACACAGGGGCAGUGAGAGAGACAAUCUCGACUUUGACAUGCAGAGUGAACCCAGAGACAUGAGACACAGAGUCCGCGAGAGAGAUAGUCUCGACUUCGACAUGCAGAGUGAGGUGAGCGAGGCGAGAUGUGGAGCCCGCGAAAGAUUCAACCUCGACUUCGACUCGCAGGUGGAGCCAAACGAGACGGCCCCUGAGCCAAAACCACACAGAGCCGCUGAGAGAGCAAGGAGCCACACGCUCCCCACCGACACCAGAGCUGCUGAAGAUUUCAAUGAUGUGGGACGGUACAAGCCCGUUCACGAGCUGAUCAAGGAGACGAACCUCAAGCAGGACGUCAGGCACCAUCGCUCCCUGUCCCAGCGUAGCGAGGCCAAGCCUGAGGUCAAGCCUGAGGUCAGUUUGGAGAGGGUGUCGAGCCUCAAGGUGUCGCAGAUGAAGAAGGCGUUUGAUGUCACCAAGAAGACCACAGAGCCGCGUGAGGAGAGGUCAUCGCCUAAAAAAGACAUGAUGAGGCGUGUGGUGCGGCAAAGCAAGUUCCGUCACGUCUUCGGUCAGGCGGUGAAGAACGACCAGUGCUACGAUGACAUCAGGGUCUCGCGCGUCACCUGGGACAGCUCCUUCUGUGCCGUCAACCCCAAGUUUGUCGCCAUCAUCGUAGAGGCCAGUGGAGGAGGCGCCUUCCUUGUCCUCCCCCUGCAUAAGUCUGGGCGUAUUGAUAAGGCCUACCCCACCGUAUGCGGGCACACAGGCCCUGUGCUGGACAUCGACUGGUGCCCGCACAACGACCACGUCAUCGCCAGUGGCUCAGAGGACUGCACAGUCAUGGUGUGGCAGAUCCCUGAGAACGGCCUCACCAUUGCCAUGGCAGAGCCCGUGGUGGUGCUGGAGGGGCACUCCAAGAGAGUGGGCAUCGUCACAUGGCACCCAACCGCCCGAAACGUCCUACUCAGUGCCGGCUGCGACAACGUGAUCAUGAUCUGGAAUGUGGGGACGGGCGAGUCGCUGAUCACGCUGGACGAAAUGCACCCCGACGUCAUCUUCAGCGUGAGCUGGAGCCGCAAUGGUAGUCUCAUCUGCACCGCUUGCAAAGACAAGAAAGUGCGCGUCAUCGACCCCCGGAAGGAGCAGAUCGUCGCCGAGAAAGACAAGGCCCACGAAGGAGCUCGGCCUAUGAGAGCCAUUUUCCUGGCGGACGGGAACGUCUUCACCACAGGAUUCAGCCGCAUGAGCGAGAGGCAGCUGGCACUCUGGAACCCGAAAAACAUGGACGAGCCCAUCACAGUGCACGAGAUGGAUACAAGCAACGGCGUUCUCCUCCCAUUCUAUGACCCUGACACUAGCGUGGUGUACCUGUGUGGAAAGGGGGACAGUAGUAUCCGCUACUUUGAGAUCACGGACGAGGCCCCCUACGUGCACUACCUCAACACGUUCUCCAGCAAAGAGCCCCAGCGAGGGAUGGGCUACAUGCCCAAACGCGGCCUGGACGUCAACAAAUGCGAGAUCUCCCGGUUUUACAAACUGCACGAAAGGAAAUGUGAGCCCAUCAUCAUGACUGUCCCUCGAAAGUCGGACCUGUUCCAGGAUGACCUCUACCCAGACACGGCGGGGCCGGACCCUGCCAUCGAGGCAGAGGAGUGGUUCGAGGGCAAGAACGGCGAACCUAUCCUCAUCUCCCUCAAGGACGGCUACAUCCCCGGCAAGAACCGCGACCUGAAGGUGGUCAAGAAGAACAUCCUAGAGGUCAAGCCGGCCAAGAAGGCGGAUGGUGGCACGGCCACUGAGACCAAACCAGGAUCGCCCAAACCCACCGUACAAAACGAGGCGAAGCUGGAGGAGCUCUUGCGGGAGGUGAAGUCUCUCAGGGACAUGGUGACUCUUCAGGAGCGCCGGAUCGCCAAGCUGGAGGAGCAGGUUGCCAAGGUCGGCAUCUAACCGAGAUAUCAACGCAACAAACAAGCAAGCAAGCGAGAGAGGGAAGGAGAGAGAGAGAGGGAGUAUGGAGAGACUGCCAUCAAAACCGCUCAGAACCACCAUCCACUCUGGAGAGAUAUUCCAACAGGCCCGGGGGCCUGUCACUGCCAAAAAAGAAUACGCCCCGUUACUCCCCGUGUUUCAAUCCAGUUAUCCACACACUCACACAAAUACACACUUUCACACUCACAAAUCUACUCACAAAUACACACACACACACACACACACACACACACACACACACACACACAUGUACAGAAACACCUGUUCUCCAUAGUUUCUAAAGACAGUCCCCGACAACAUUCCAAAAUGAACUUUUAUUUUUCACGCCAAUCCCCCCUCAAUGUUUUUAAGAAUUCAUGGCGCAAGAUUAAGAUCUUGCCUACAGAACAUGAAUAUCAAUUAAUGAAUAAACAUUUUUUCUGUUGUUAUUACUGUUGUUGAAUUAUUGGAAGUUGUCUUACUUUUUGUCAUUACUGUAAAAUUUGUGAACAUUCUGAUGUUAACUGUAAAGUUACUGAGCCGAAUCGAAGAUCUUGCUUAGUUGCAUUUUAGAUUUCUUUUGUUAAUGCAAGCAUCAGUAUUGCCAUAGUUCCUCAAACUUGUUUUGGAGUUGCCAAAUUUGAAAGGUGAAUAGCUAAAUCCACCUUGUGGUCGUUUUAUAUUCUUUCCACUUGUAUAUUUUUUUUCUCUCUUUCUAUGUAUUCCAGACGUAACAAGGGGUGAUGCAAUAGAAUGGUUUUACUCUAAAUUGAAUUUUUCUCAGAUUGUAUUUUGUUUUGGUUUUUGUUUUUCUUUCUUUUUUUUUUCUUCACAGUCUUCAAAAAUGUAGAGGACCCAUUAGUUGACCCAGAGAAUAGUAAAUAGAAGGGGGAGGUUGAAAGACUCUAGAAGGGGGGGGCAAAAUGUCGUAAGUAUUAAAGAUGCCCCUUAUCAAUAAUCAGGCACAUUAAUCAAAUCUAUUGACGGCUCUUCCUGGAGGAGUGCAUUCACUGUUAUUUGUCUUCAAGAGAGAGUUGAAAUGCUGUGGCCAUUAUUAUCAUUGCACUUGUGCAGUGACCAACUGGAGAAAUGUAGUGUUUGAGAGUUUCACCCCAACAACUCUUCUAGUUGUAUUUUAUCACUAGCCUCUUCUGUGGCCUCCUGUUUUCCAAAUCGUUUCUGUUGGAGAGAAGAACAAAAAGACCAAUAAAAGAGAAGUGCUAUGUUGCGUUUUUGUUUUGGGCUCCACUUCAGAAGGAUGUUCAGUAAAUACCUGACGCGGAUUGAUACAAAAUCCUACAGUAUAGUUUGAGGUCUCAGUCAGAGCCAGGUUUUCUCUCGUUUCUUUUCCUCUUUCUUUCUGUCUUUUUCUCUCCCUUUUUUUUUCUUCUCUUCCCCUCUUUUGAAUGUACCCCGAAUGUGAAGACCUCCCCCUUCUAGUCCCCUCUCCUCCACACCAACAGAACCCCCCCCCCCACCUUCCCCUGGUAUGCUGUAGGCCCUCUGGAUGUACUAGAUUUGAAGAGUGGGAUGUCGAGAGGAGAAGACAGGUGCAACAGAGGCGAGGUGGUGGCAGCCUCUGUGGGUGUGUACAUGUUCUGUAAAUGUAGUGGUGACACUCGUGUGUCUGCGUGUGUGUGAUCGAUCAGUGCCCCCCGCGCUCUCACCCCUCCUAAAAACACCUCCACCACCAAAAUCCCAUAGUGCCUCAGCAGCCAAGGAGGGGGACCUGCUGUCCUCUUGGCACUUACCCCUCACUUAACCCCCCCCCCCUCCUCUCCCAUCUGCCACCUAUAACCCCUCCACCCUGAGCUGAGAACAUUUUAAAAAUGAAAAUAAUAAAACAAGAGAAAGGAAAAACUGUUCUGUGCAUGCAUUCUACGGUCUAUCAAUCCUGCAGAAAAGGUGAAAAUAAAUGAGAAACACAAUAAACCCCCUCAUUCUUACAAA